GGGGUCGAUACCUGCAAGUCCGGAAGUUGGGUUUGUCCGAGGGAAAGGGCCGUAGACUCUGAGAUUCUUUCUGGAUUCCUCCUGUCCUGGGUGGGCCCAAUAUCGACCCUGUGGCCUUGGCGUCCCCAGCCCGACUGGCUAGCAGAAGAGCACAUUCUCGCUCCCGGAACGGAGGCAGCGCUCCCAGCCUGUUCCCGGGGGCCCUGCGGCCGUUGCACCGCCGCGGCCCGCCCCUCGUCCGGCCACGUCUCCGCUGGAGCCGCCCUGCCGGGGCCGCAGCGCCAGGGUAGCAUGACAUUAGCGGGUUGCACUUGAAGCCAGUUACGGGACUUUAAAUCUGCUCCAAACCAUGGAAAGCGUGGUGCUGUCCUUCAGGAGAGCUCUUAGCUACUGCUGAUGGAGAGGAACCGGCCUUGCUAGCAGCUCACCUGCUGCCCUGUGUCACCCUGGGUCACCCCGUCUGGACACGUCACCAUGGAUGGUGCAUCUGCCAUGCCAGGUGGCCUCUUGGAAUCCAGUGGUGGCACCUCAGCGGGACCCAGGGCCCUCCUGGAGUCCCCAGACUCUCCAGUGCGGACUGAUGGGCGGGACACAGCCUGGGGUGCCAGUGGAAAAGCAAACCCAGUUCCAGGUGAAGGAGAAAGCCUGGAAGUGCUCAGCCAGGGGCAUGGCUGUCAGAACGGGCCACUGCCACCCCCCGCAGGCCCUGCGCUGCCUCUCGAUCUCACCCCUCACCCAGUGGGUGCUGACUCGGCUCCAGGUGUGGCUGGUUUCCAUGACAACCUAAGGAAGUCUGAGGGCACUAGUGCUGAGGGCAGUGUUAGAAAAGAAGCUUUGCAGUCUCUCAAAAUAAGUCUUCCUAUGCAAGAAACGCAACUGUGCUCCACAGAGGCCUCGCCGCCCCUGGAGAGGGAGGAGCAGGUCCGCCUUCAAGCACGGAAGCGGCUGGAGGAGCAGCUCCGACAGUACCGGGCGAAGCGGCAGCAGGAGAGGUCCAGCCAACCUGCAACUAAAACGAGACUUUCCAGCACACUUGAUCCUGAGCUCAUGCUCAACCCAGAGAACCUGCCGAGGGCCAGUGCCGUGGCCAUGACAAAGGAGUACUCCUUCCUGCGCACCAGUGUUCCUCGCGGGCCAAAGGUGGGCAGCUUAGGGCUCCUGGCCCAUCCCAAAGAGAAAAAAAGCCCCAAAUCAAGCAGGAUCCGGUCUCUGGCUGAUUACAGAACUGAAGAUCCAGACGCCGGGGACUCAGGCGGGGGUGCCCCAGCCACCGGCCCUUCUCAGGGCUCUGUGAAGCAGAGUAGGGGCAGCAUGACAUCCGUGGUAUCUGGGGCCGGCCCAACCCCUGAAGCCGACACCCGCCUGGAGGAUGCUUCCCUGGCUGGAGACAACGCCUCCGAGGCGGAUGGCAGCGAGGCUGGGCUCAGGCUGGACGGGAAUGACAGCGACAGCUCCUCCUACAGCAGUGCCUCCACCAGGGGGGUGCUGGGCACGCUGGCAGGCACGGCCAGCAGCCAGGGUGCAUCCUAUAUGGUCAACGGCCAGGAGAUCGCUGCCGACGCCUUGGGCCAGUUUCCUUCGAUUAAGGAUGUUCUCCAGGCUGCGGCGGCUGAGCAUCAGGACCAGAGGCCAGAGGUCAACGGGGACAUCCGGAGCCGCAGAGGCAGCCUGUCCAGCAGUGUGUCCAUGGAGAGCUCUGUCACCGAGGCCCAGGAUGAGAUGCUGCAGGUGCUCAAGGAGAAGAUGCGGCUGGAAGGACAGCUGGAGGCCCUGUCGCUGGAGGCCAGCCAGGCGCUGAAGGAGAAGGCAGAGCUGCAGGCACAGAUGGCUGCCCUGAACACCCGGCUGCAGGCGCAGGUUGAGCACAGCCACAGCAGCCAGCAGAGGCAGGACUCUCUCAGCUGCGAAGUGGACACCUUGAAGCAGUCCUGCUGGGACCUGGAGCGUGCCAUGACUGAUCUGCAGAGCAUGCUGGAAGCCAAAAAUGCUAGCCUGGCAUCCUCCAACAACGACCUACAGGUGGCCGAGGAGCAAUACCAAAGGCUCCUGGCCAAAGUGGAAGACAUGCAGAAGAGCAUGCUCAGUAAGGACAACACAGUGCGCGACCUGAGGCAGCAGAUGGGCGCCCUGCAGAGCCAGCUACAGCAGGUGCAGGCGGAGCGCACGACGCUGACCGGCAAGCUGAGGGCGUCACAGGCCGAGAUCGCGUCCCUGCAGAGCGUCCGCCAGUGGUACCAGCGGCAGCUCGCGCUGGCCCAGGAGGCCCGGGUCAGACUGCAGGGCGAGAUGGCCCACAUCCAGGUUGGACAGAUGACUCAGGCAGGCCUCCUGGAGCACCUGAAACUGGAGAACGUGUCCUUAUCCCACCAGCUGACAGAGACGCAGCACAGGUCCAUCAAGGAGAAGGAGCGCAUUGCCAUCCAGCUGCAGAGCAUCGAGGCUGACAUGUUGGACCAGGAAGCUGCCUUUGUUCAGAUUCAAGAAGCCAAGACAAUGGUGGAAGAAGACCUCCAGCGGAAGCUGGAGGAGUUUGAGGGCGAGAAGGAGCAGCUACAGAAGAUGGCAGAUUCUGCAGCAUGCUUGGAGCAGAAGCUGGAGCAGGUAAAGCUGACUUUGAACCAGCGAGACCAGCAGCUGGAGGCGCUGCAGGAGGAGCACCUGGGACUGAUGAGGCAGCUCACCGCAACCCAGGAAGCACUGCAGGCCCGGGAGCAGAGCUUUGGGGACCUGCAGACGCACCAUGAGGAACUGCAAGCCCGGCUGGAGGAGCUGCAGGGUGAGGCGUCCGCCAGGGAUGACACCAUCCGCUUCCUGCAAAACGAGAAGAUCGUCCUGGAGGUGGCUCUGCAGGCGGCCAGGAGUGGCAAGGAGGAAUUUGACAGGGGAGCAAAGCGCCUGGAAGAGGGAGCCGAGGAGACAUCGGAGGUUCUCGAGCAGUUGAGACAAGAGUUGGCUGUGAAGUCCAGUCAGGUGGAGCACUUGCAACAGGAGACAGCCACUCUGAAGAGGCAGACGCAGAAAGUAAAAGAACAGUUUCUUCAACAAAAGGUAAUGGUGGAAGCCUACCGCCGGGACGCCACCUCCAAAGAUCAGCUCAUCAGUGAGCUGAAGGCCACCAAGAAGAGGCUGGACUUGGAGCUGAGGGAGCUGAGGCAAGAGCUGAUCAAACUCCAGGGAGAAAAGAAGUUGGUGGGGGCGGAGCACUCGCGGCUGCAAAGGGAGGUGUCCCAGGUGCACCGGCAGAUGGCAGAUCUGGAGGGGCACCUGCAGUCAGUGCAGAAGGAGCGUGACGACAUGGAGACGCAGCUGCAGUCUCUGCAGUUUGAUAAAGAGCAGAUGAUCGUUCUUACAGAGGCCAACGAGGUGUUGAAGAAACAAAUAGAGGAGCUGCAGCAAGAAGCCAAGACGGCCAUCACGGAGCAGAAGCAGAGGAUGAAGCGUCUGGGCUCGGACCUGACCAGUGCCCAGAAGGAGAUGAGGACCAAGCACAGGGCCUAUGAGAAUGCCGUGGGCAUCCUCAGCCGCCGCCUGCAGGAGGCCCUUGCCGCCAAGGAGUCUGCAGAGGCCCAGCUGGGCGAGCUGCAGGCCCAGGGCGCCGAUGCUGGAGGCAGCAGCCUCGCCUUACAUGAGAGAAUCCGGACCCUGGAGGUGGAGCUGCAGACCGUCAGCCACAGUAAGAUGAUGCUGGAGAAGGAGCUACAGGAGAUCAUUUCACUGACCAGCCAAGAGUUGGAGGAGUACCGGGAGAAAGUGCUGGAACUCGAGGAUGAGCUUCAAGAAUCCAGAGGCUUUCAGAGGAAGAUCAAGCGCCUGGAGGAGUCAAAUAAGAAGUUGGCUCUUGAAUUAGAGCAUGAGAGAGGGAAGCUCACGGGCCUCGGACAGUCCAAUGCAGCCCUGCGGGAGCACAACAGCGUCUUAGAGACAGCCUUAGCCAAGAGGGAGGCAGAUCUGGUCCAGCUGAACCUGCAGGUGCAGGCAGUUCUGCAGCGCAAAGAGGAGGAGGAUCGCCAGAUGAAGCAGCUUGUCCAGGCCUUACAAACCGCAUUAGAGAAAGAGAAGGUGAAAGUGGACAACCUCAAGGAACAGGUUGCUGCAGCCAAGGCUGACGCGGGGCACAACCGCCGCCACUUUAAGGCUGCGACCUUAGAGCUGAGCGAGGUGAAGAAGGAGCUGCAGGCCAAGGAACAGCUGGUGCAGAAGCUGCAGGCAGAGGCCGAUGGCCUGCAGCUUCGGGAGGGGAAGCAUUCUGAGGAAGUGGCGCAGUUCCAGGAGGAGUUGGCAGAGGCCCGGGCGCGGCUGCAGCUCCUGCAGAAGCAGCUGGACGAGCAGCUGAGCAGACAGCCCACAGGGGACCAAGAGAUGGAAAAUCUCAAAUGGGAGGUGGAUCAGAAAGAGAGAGAAAUCCAGUCCUUGAAGCAACAGCUGGACUCAACGGAACAGCAGAGUAAAAGAGAAGUGGAAGGAAUACAGCAGUUAUUGCAGAAUAUCAAAUCUGAGCUGGAGAUGGUGCGGGAAGAUCUGUCCAUGACCCAGAAAGAUAAAUUUAUGCUUCAAGCGAAAGUGUCAGAACUGAAGAAUAACAUGAAGACCCUGCUUCAGCAAAACCAGCAGCUGAAGCUGGACCUGAAACGCAGCUCAGCCAAGAAGAGGAAGGAGCUGAAGGGUGAGGCCAGCUCCUCCAACCCUGUGACACCAGUUAAGAUUCCUGACUGCCCGGUCCCCGCCUCGCUGCUGGAGGAGUUGCUCAGACCCCCGCCCGCUGUGAGCAAGGAGCCCCUGAAGAACUUGAACAGUUGUCUCCAGCAACUGAAGCAAGAGAUGGACAGCCUACAGCGCCAGAUGGAAGAGCACACUAUCACCGUGCACGAGUCACUGUCCUCGUGGACUCAGGUCGAAGACCGCCUUGGGGACCUGGCCAGCCCCAGCCCUGCUCCCGCUGGAGAUCGUACCAACCCCAGGAGUGACACAGAGAAACACAACCCGAGCAGUGCACCCACGGAAGUAUUGGAACAGUGACCUCCGCAAAUCCUCUCACCUUCCAAGUUGUUUGUAACUAUGUAAAGGAAGAUUCUUUUAUCAAUAUUAUUUAUUUGAUUGUGUGCUCUAUGUUUUUCUAAGAGAUGAAAUUUUAGGUUUAGCUUAUGCCUUUAACAAGCAGAAUAACAGGAUGAGAGCCAAGGUUGAAAGUGAGUCGUUUGCAGAUCACAGUUAGCUUUUUCCCAGAAAUGACCAAAUUUUAAAAACCUAGUUUAAAUUUAAGUGAGAAAUUUCUCAGUGUGUCCGGAGGGUGAUUUGCAGAAGGCCAUAUCUCAUGAGUGAUGGUAGAUGCCGCUCUCUGGGGGUCACACGUCCCUUUGGGUUGCACCUGGAUGGGUGCUGCGAGGCCUCACUUUCCUGUUUGAUUCCACAAGAGCUUUACUUUCCUGCAGGAAUGAAACUUUAUUUUGCACUUUUGGUUUUUUAUUUUACUUUAUUUGAAAAUAGCCAUCCCACCAUAGAAUGUAUAUAUAAAUACAGAAAAUCAUUAUCUAAUCUCUAAAAAAUAUAUGCUUAUAUUAUUUGAGAAUGACCUGAAUUGUCUUUUUAUUCAUUGCCUUUUGAGAAUUUGCUGUCAGGAAAUAAUGUACAUGUAGGAUUUAGGUGUGUCAGUCAGAAGAAUAUAUUUUAAGAAAUACAAUUAUUUUAUUUACUGUAUCUUCUCAAACCAAAUAUUCUUGCACAAAAAGGGUUCUUUGUUCUAGUUUCAGUUUAUUUUUUAGUGUCUUUUCCUUCACUGUUGUUUCUUUUCAAAAGUACAGGAGCCCUGCAUGAUCUCUAUCACACCUUGGCCAACCCACCAGUGAGGAGCAGGGUUGGGAUCCUUCCUUAGACCUGACAGCCACCAGGAGGCACCCAGGGAUGCAGUGGUUCUCGCAAGCUGCCCUGACAUCUGAGGAGAACGGAGACAAGAAAGGCCAACAUAGGAGAGAAAGGAAAGCAGAGAAGGAGGAGGAGAAAAGGGUGUGGCCAGGGGCUCCUGUAGGUACUCACGUUUUACUCGAUCCUCCCCCAUUUGCAGAUUGCUGGGCGAGGUACCAAGGCUUUUUAUCCUCACACUUCUGCACCCAAAGUCAAAGUGUUUACUAGGGGUUUUAAGAACUCCUCUAUCGGAUGGUAGUCAGUCAGAGAAACUGAGUGCUGAGUUGCUUACACCCUGAUCAAAAGGGUUAGAAGUCCCUUUAGCGGCGUUGAUGUCAAUAAGAGAUAGGUCAACACUAGGUAGAUAAGCAAUGUGGUCUCCUGAGGCAUCUCAUUAAUAGAAUGCCUUAUUUUAAAAUCAGUCACCCUAAGUACAUGAAAUUUUAUUUGUAUACAUUUUUCCCACUUAAAGCAUUUGAACACUGUAGAAACUGUUGUGAGACUUGAGGUUUGUAAAGUUUUUCCCUCUAGUUUGCUAAGAAAAUCUAAGAUAAUAUUUAUUGUUAUAAAUUAGAGAAGCAAGAGAAUGGGUCCAUGUGGCUCCUAUGCAGAUCGACUGGUCUGAAAAUGAAGUUUUGAAGUGUUACUGAUCAGUCCAGACUUGCUUAUGUUGAUAUAUUACCAUGUCUAUUUUGUGGAGAAAACAGUAUGGUAUUUUUAAGCUGUUUGUGUUCUCUUGUAAUAUGUUGUUAGAAGCUUAAUUGACAAGGUUAAGUAGCAUUAAUCACAAAGAUGUUUAGUAUUUAAAAAAAAUUCCCUAGCAAGUAUUGGAAUUUCUAAAAUAUAUCAUUUGUACAGGGUUAAUCUCGAAAUAAUACUUGAAAACUUCACUAUAAAUAUAUCCUACUCUUUAUCUUAAGUUAGAAAUCGUUUUUGUACCAUUAGAGAAGAAAAAUGGUAAUGUCCAUUCUUAUUUAUUUUGGCUGUAUUAUCCUUUGUUUUAAUUUUAAAACUAAGAAAUAACAUUUAGACUUAUUCUACAGCAGAGCUGCUUUCUCGUACUUGCUGAUAGAAGGUCUUCAAGUGAGUAAUGUUCAUUGUGUGCUUUUUUCGUAGGAAAGGAUAAAACUAUUUCUGAACAUUUUCAUCAACUAAAAGCAAAUCUGUUCCUCAUUCCUUCUUUCCUUCAUCUAGUUACCCGCCGUGUGCACACGUGCACGAGUGUGUGUGUGUGUGUGUGUGUGUGUGUGGCCACACGUGGACACCCUUAGAAACGGCACCACCUCUGUUUUCUGUCAUCGUUGUGUGCCAGUUUCACUGUACGUUCUCGUCUUUUGGUUCAGCGAGUACCCAGCCUUUGUCUUGGGUCUGAACUCUCUGAUCACUGCCAUGAGGCACUGGGCUGUUCCUGCCCACUGUAUGUUAGUAUUUUGUGUUUGUUCCUCCUAUUUUAUUGUAUAGCCUGGGGUUCCAGAUUGAGGCCUCUUGGGUUAAAGCUGACACUGCCUUUAGGCUUCCUUCAGAAGUCACCUUAAAAAGAAAAUUGAUUUUUAAUUUGCCUGUUGUUGACUUGUUGUGGAGCCCAGGUGGCGCAAUGGUUAAAAGCUCAGCUGCUAAUCAAAAGGUCAACAGUUUGAAUCCACCAGCUGCUCCUUGGAAACCCUGUGGGGCAGUUCUACUCUGUCCUGUAGGGUGACUAAGAGUCGGAAUCGACUCAACAGCAGCGGGUUUGGUUUUCUGGUUUUGACUUGUUGUGGAACUCUCCUGGCACUUCUGCCUCCCAGAGCUAGAUUCUUUAAUCAGUAAAGUUUGAAAUACUGUUCUUGUUGUGGGCAGAAACAGGGAAUUAUGGAAUAUACUAAUGGAAAACAACAAUCAAAUCUGAAUUAUUACUUUAUAAAUAAACAGGUUCACUACUGCAUCAUAUUUGUGCAUGUUAAAUGUAUGCACACUGGAUAUGAUGUUUUUAUCGUAAGUAAUGUUGGCUUGGACACGUCAUGAUGUCACUUGGUUUUCUUAAUUCCCCCCAAAGUUCAUUGCAACGUGGUUAUUGUUGAUUUUCCCACAGUACGUGUCAUAUAGAUGCCGUGGAUCUUAUAGAUUCAACAUUCGUUCCACCCUUUGGAAGAUGUGACAGGCCAUGUUUUUAAUAGGAUGUGAAACUGACUCUUAACUCUGAUCGGUACAGAUUGGGGUCCAGGUAAUGCAACCGGCCCCGCUCAGAAGGAGAUCCUGUGGUGCAGGUAAAAUUCUGACACUGCAUUAGGAAGCUUUUCAUGAUUCUCGCCAUUCUUUCUGUUUAAAAACUUACCUUUUCUUGGUAGAGUGAUAUUGCAGAAGCCAUGGUCUGCAGUUGUCAUGACAUAUAUUCCUAGUUCCAUGAGUUUUUGUUUUAAUAAAAAUUAAAUGCCUCAUGUAAAGAUUUCUAGGGAUGAAAGUGACCAGUGUAUUUGAAAAAGAAAUGUCCUGGGGCCUUCCUUUAAAGGAUGUCUGUGGCAUGAGUAAUGCUGGGAUGUGGAGACAUUUGGGCCUUUUACAAACAAGUUUAUUGACUGGAAAUGCCAAGCAAGUCUCAUCAUAUGUGGUCUUGGGUUAUGAUACGAUCCUUGAAGAAUAAUGUUUUAGAGAGGCUCUAGGAGAUCCAGUGGUUUUGAGUCAUUAAUUCAUUUCUGUUAAAAAUUUACUCAUAAAAGGGAGUCCUCAGGUUGGGACUUUUCUAGGAAAAAUGUGGCACCGUGUACAAUUGUGACUUUCAAAAGCAUGUUGAUUUUCUAAAAAUUUAAGUGUGCUUGGGAAUUCCUUAAAUUUUGUGCAAUAAACUAUUUUUGGUAAAGAUUUUCAUAUUUCAUUGUGGGCUUCAUUUUAAUACUUAAGUAUAUUUUGUCAUAUUUGGGAGUGAUUUUUUUUUAUCUCAUUUUGUUAGAUACUCCAUUCAGAUGCCUUGUUGUAAAAGAGAAUUUUACUGUUCUGCCAAAGUUUCAUCCGGGUUGUGAAAUCUUUUUAUAGUUGCUUUUGACUAAAGUAGAAGAGUGGCAGCAAUUUGCCAUAUUUCUUCCCUAUCUAGCCCACACUUCACUUGUUGACAUAUGCAAGUACAAAAGGAGGGAAGAGUUUAUAGGAACAACAAUGUACUUCUGAGGGAACCAAGAGUAAAGGAUGACGGCUGCUCUUCAGGGCUAUCAGCUUGUGCCCGUGACUCCUCCUACACUAGAGUCUCAGUGUCCUGUCACCGUCACUUGUUGGCAGCAGUUGAUCGCAGAUUCUCAGAUCUUGAUUUUGUGACUCCCCAAUUCCUCCUGUCUUUUUUAUCCACGCUUUAUUUUUGAGCAGAAGAGUUAGCAAGGUGUAGAGAGUUCUUAGUUAAAUGUUAUCAUUAAUGACGAGCAUGGUAAAAAAUGUAUAGAAAAAGAGAAAUAAAUGGGUGAUCACAGAAUUUGAUUCUUUGGCCCCUGUAACUCCACUUUAUUAGGUUCUAUAAUCAAGGGUCAGAUGAUACAUGUGGCUCUUAGCCACUGUGCCACUAGAGCCCCAAUACAUGUACUACACGGAUCUAAACAAAAAUUCCCUGACCACCUUCUGUUGUGGCCUUAACUUUCUGAAAUAUUGAGGAUGUAAUCCUUCUUGUCUAUAAUAACUGUUAAGGGGGCUUACACGUAUCUGAACUUUUUCCUUUUGCCUGUAAAAUUGCAUAAACAUUUGCAGGCAUCGAACUAACUAGUUGAUGAAUUUACUUUCUAAGCUGAAUCCACUUAUCAAAUAGAUGUUCUGUGCUAUACCCUCUUAUAAAGUUGUAUAGUGGGUGUGGCGAGAGUGAUUUUGGCAUAAAUUUAUGGGUACCAACUUCCUGGCUUAGAGUGGUGGCAAGCAUUGGCAGGAAUGUGAAUGAAAAGUAGGACCCAGGAGUGCAGACCAGCUGACUAAUCAUGGAUGGGAGGCACAGUGUUUAAAAAUCACCAGGUCACUCAGAAAUCUCAUACCUUUUGCAGCAUCAGGAAGCAGGUUAUAUAGGAAAUACGAAAGAGGACUGUGUACACCUCUGCCAUCUAGUUUGGUGGAUAAACAUGCUAUUUGUCAGAAGAGUCCCCAGCUUCUCCUAGAUGAGAAGAAUUCUCAGUAACCAGUAAUUUCUAAAAUCAGAAGCAUUUAUUGGGAUUCUUUCUGCUUGCCUUUAUGCAUGUUUUCAUUUGACAAUGAAUACUACAGAUUCUAGUAAAAAGUAUACUUUGAUAAAGGCAUUUUUCCUGGAAACAAUAGCAGAUAUUAAACUGUUGCUGAGCUGUCUCUACAGUUCUUUGUGGUGCCCUUGCUCACAUGUCUGUGAGGCAUAAUUAAGCACUAGUGGGGGCCCUGGGCUUUAAAGUCAGUGUGGGUACCCGGCGACCUUCGGGCAGGCCGUGGGCAUUUCUAAACCCAGCCUCCAGCUCUACAUUAGAGCUGUAAUUGUAGCUCCUGGAGGUUAUGAAGACUGAGAUUAUGUAUGUGAGUCACUCAGUGUGGCACUCCAGGCAGAGGCACUCCAAGUACUGAUGAUACCAGAAACAUCUUUCCACAAGAGCAGUUCCAUCAGGGCCCCAGUUGCUGUAUAUGCAUCAUAGCAGUAUCUUGUGGGUAGGGGUGGGCAACUCAAUGAAGCACCUCUAGAGAUUCUGAUAUAUUCAGCCCGCCUUCACCUUGGUUUGGGAAGCACUGAAGUAAAUGAU